AUGCCUGCUGGUGUAACAUGGGGUCAAUAUAUAACAUUUUCAAUAACUGCCUUGUUAACUAUGUUGUCAGGCUCACAAAUUGUUCAUCUAUACUAUAAGCCUUUAGUAGACCUUAAUAAAUAUAUAAAUAAAGAGUUGGAGAGCUACCCAGAAAAUGUUCAGCAGAAAAUUAGACAGGAGCUCAAAGAGGAGGGUGUACUGAAGUAGAGUAGUAUCUUAUUAAUUACAUGGUCCUUAGUUGUAUAGACUUAAUAAAUUAUAAUCAUGUAAGUA